AUGGUCGAGAAAAAAGAGGAGGAAAAAAGGCGCAAAUCUCGCUCGGCGUCAUCCAGUAGCAGCUCUUCAUCGGGUAGCUCUUCCAGCAGUGAAUCAUCCGGAUCAUCUCGCUCUUCGAGCAGUUCAAGCUCAUCUCGUUCUCCUUCACCACGUAAUAGAAGAGAGGCUGGAAAGGCGACUACCGUUCGCGCUCGUUCUCGUUCGCCACGUAGAUCUCCUGCACGGGCAAGAGCUGAGAGAGGAGCAGGUGAUCGCCCUAGUCGACGCUCUCCUUCUCCUCGGCGCCGUCGUGUGUCGACCUCACCAAAACGCCGUGACCGUAGCAGCAGCCGUGGGCGUCGUCGUUCCCCGCGUCGUUCAUCGCCCCGUCGAGCUUCUCCUCGCAGGUCUCCUAAGAGGUCUCCUCGUCGCGCUUCUCCUCGGAAGGCCAGUCCUUCCAGACGUAUCUCAGUCAGAAAUCUUAGCCGAAAUGUUACCAAGGAGCACUUGGCUGAAAUCUUUGGAAUGUAUGGACAAAUAAAAAGUUGUGACCUUCCUCCUGAAAGGUUCUAUUCUCACCUUCACAGAGGCUACGGAUAUGUUGAAUAUGAAAAUGCUGAAGAUGCAGAAAAGGCACUGAAAUACUUUGAUGGGGGCCAAAUCGAUGGACAGGUUGUGAGUGUUGAACUGACGCUCAAUCGCGCUGCCUCUCGUCGUUCUCCAGCGCGUAAAAGUCCUGCCAGAAGGAGGUAUUCCGGCACGAAGGCGUUCACCUGUCGGCCGAGAUCGUGGAGGUGGAAAUGCAAAUAUGAUUCCUCUUGGAUCAAGCCGUUUCAAUCGCAGUCGUUCGCGCUCGCCGCGCAGAAGGCGCAGCAGAUCGUAAUUAGGACUGCUUCCAUGAUGCACUUCGAAGUUUUUUACCGGGAAGAUCCUUCUCGUCGAUGUUACUUUUCCUACGGUCCACAUAUUCGACUAUGUUUUGUUAUUUUCCAAGAUCUCCGUUAUGCGUUUGUAACACAAUUUAUUUGUUGGAGUGGAAAUAAAUAA